GCAAAAUGGAAGAGGAAUAACAAGAAUCUCGUUUCAUCUUAAUUUUAUUAUUAUUUACAUUUGAUUUUACUGUCGUACUCACUAGCCUGAAUCAGUAUAAUUCUAGAUUGUAUUUAUUUAAAUCUACGACUGGCAGUACAUCAACAUCAUGGCAACAACCCCAAUGCAAGGGAUGCAUUCCAUGUGGUAUGAUCAUUAUAAAGGUGCAGUUUAUCCAUUAGACUUGGAAGGACCCCCAUGCUGCAGACAAAUGCAAACAUCCGCUCCAUUUCUUUUAGAAGUGUGCUGUGCAUUUAUCGUUAGAGAUGCCAAUUUGACACGUGCAGCCAUUGAUUCCGUGCCUCCUAUACUGUGUAUACAUUUGAUGGAAGCAGCACUGAAAGGGAAUCAUGACAGAUCCAUACAAGCCCUAAUGUCGCGGUGGAACCUGAAAUCUCUUGUCUUGUCUAAAUUAGUGCCCAGUGUCUUCUCAUCCCUGUUACCAAUGUACAAACCUCUCUAUCAGUCUGACCUUGUGAGGCAGGGUCUACGUUACACAACUUCACUUGCACAUACAUUUUUAGAAUGUUUGAGGCAAGAGUCACCUACUAAAAUGCGUCAUUUAGAUUUGACAGGCUUUCCUACAGCUGAAGUCAUUUUGUACUAUCUAACAUCCCAUUGCAUGCUGGUCCACAAUGAAAACAGACGGAAUAAUAUGGUGAACCUUUACAACCAGGCGGUCUCACUAGCAGAGGAAUGUGCUGGGACCGGUGCCAACCACCACACACCUUUAGAGAUUGAUAUGCAAAACUGUUUGCCCAGUGAUAUUUACAUUGAGAUCAAGUUAGACGCCUUUGUCACAUCAGAGUCUUGUCACUCUGAACUUUGCAAGGCUCUAACUGUGUCAAGUUUCCCUGGGGUUAGGUUCCGUCUGAUUGUUGACAAACUGAGCGUCACUUGUCUAGGGGGGGACAGAGUCAACCUACUCUUAAAACAGAUCAGCCCAGAACAACUCAGAGGUCUUCAAUUGAAAUACAACUCUUUGCGUAACAUGGACUUUGUUAGGAUGGCUCCAAUUUUACAGUCUCUGACCAAGCUGACAGCACUUGAUCUGUCAUGCAACCACAUCACGUUGUAUGACAAUGAGCCCAUGGCUGAAAUCAUGAGGCAAGCCCUGUCCACUUUGACUCGCCUAGAGCGCAUGGACCUCAGUAACAACCGCCUUAAAAACAAACUCUGCAACGUGCUGCUUGGGAUCCACAGCCCACUCAAACACCUUCGUCUUGCUGGCUGUGGGCUGACCCUCUCUGACCUCACCGCUUUAGCCGUGUUUUCAUACCUCGAGAAGAUGGAAGAACUGGACAUCAGUGAGAACAAUUUAUCAAACUGUUAUUUCCCUUUGGUGCCGAUAUUAGCCAAGGUGGCAAACAGUAUUAAGGUUCUUGAGCUUCAGGACUGUUCCAUGUCUGAUGAAGUCCUCAACAUGCUGAACUUUAACUUCUCUCUCAUGCCCAAACUCCUGUACCUAAAUGUUGCUGGGAACCCGUGGAAAACUGAGACAGCUGUAACGCUAUGUAAGCAGCUGCAUCAGGCCUCCGCGCUGCAAGUGCUGAGGAUAUCUUAUUCCCACGGCUGCUACUUCUCUGACGAGGGUGAUGAGGUUACCGAGGCCGAGGCUAAAGAUGUAUUCAGGAAGUCUCUUGCCACUGCCCUCGGAACAACAGACGCUCAGAAUAUUCUUGUAGAAAAAUGUGAACUUGUGUUGGAGGAGCUGGAUAGAUUGACAGAUUAAUUUAUUCCUUUGCUUUAAAGUGAAGCAUUUAUAUGAUGUGUCAACACAGUUUCAAAUUCAGGCUUAUUCUUUUAUAGAUGAAGACCAAUAAUUUAAGAAAGUAUGUUGCAAUAAAUCCAGGAGAAAACAACUUAAUAUCACAAACAUGUAGCUGAAAAAGUGUGUUAAUUUCUUUGAAACUUAAACUGUGGGUAGUUUUUUGUUUUGUUUUUGUCUAAAAUCUUGUAAUUCUAUCACACACAAAAUUCAAGCCUCAAAUCUAAAUCAUAAAUGCAACGUUACUUUUUUGCUCAUGUCUAGAUGUGUAUGCUCUAUGCGACUAAAACUUUUGACAGUGUAAAAUUUUAUUGAAUUUCAAUGCAGCAAAUUAUCAACAUUUAAUUACAUAUAAAAAUGACCUUUUAAAUAGAGAGAUUUUAGUACCUGUGGAUAAAAAUAGAAAACUUUCAUAUCUCCUGCUAUUAAAAUUUUGCCCUGUUUAGAAAGUUUGCACAUAGGCAGAUGCUGUAACAGACAACAUAGAAGCACUACAUGAAAGAGGGAGAAAACAUAGGUUCUGAUGUAUAUUGAUAUCAUCAGUGAUUAAUUUUAUUAGCACAUAUCAAUUACUCAUAAGUUUUGAGUACGAAAUCUAUCAAGUAGAAUCAGAAAUUGUUGUGCUUUUAAAGCCACAAUCAUGGCAAUUGACAAUCUGCUUGUAAAUCUACAAAGUUCUAGUGAAUGAUUAUGAUAUCAUGUGCAUCUUUGUAGCAAUCAAUGGAAGUUUAUAAAUUUCAAAUUGCUUUGGUGGUUCCGUUUUGUCAUUUUAGCAAAUUAUUUCUUUCACUGCUGUUGUUCUGCUGACCAGAGUAGAACUGUGCUUUGCUUAUAGUUUCAUGCAGUUUAAGCCUCUUUGUCAGUCAGCAGUCUUUAUGGAUUCAAGAUUAGAACAGCCAUUCCCCCAAAAACAGCCAUAAAAGGCUGAUAAAAAUAUAAAAUGUAAGUAGAAUAAGAAAUGUUGCUGGUUGCUCAUCAAGGAUCAUACAAGAAUCUGUUUAUAUUGACAGCUAUAUACAACUUCAAAAGGUCUUCAUAUAUAAUUGUUUUAAGUAAUAACUAUGCAUUCCUUAGGUACCUUGUUUAUAUAAUUUCUUGCUCAUUAAAAUUUUUCCAGAAUGUAAUGAUAUUGACCAUCAUUUGUGUGUACAUUUUUUGUUGAGGUGCACACAGUAGGUGAGGUAUUGUUUUCUUGUGUGUAGUGUGAUCAGCAUAUGGUCAUACAGCACUCACUGAGGAUGUUUAGAGCUAAUAUGUGGGACUGGGAAAACUCAGAGGUAGUCUACAGAACCUGGGUAGGAUACAUUCUAGUGCAAUACAUAUAAGCAGCCCAAACCCAGAUGUGCAUAGUUUUUGGCUCCUGACCAUUUGUAUCAGCAGUGGUACAGAAGUGAAGUAAAUCCAAGCCCAAUACAUAAUCAAUCCUACAGAACCAAUAUGGGGUACAUCAUAGCACAAUACUUAUUCAUGUCCUCCUGAACCCACAAUCAAAAGCUGGUAUAUUAAUAUUACAGAUGAAAUUUGUUUCAUGUUUAAUUUUUUUUUUUCAUUCACCAGAAUUUUAAAAUCGCAUUGAUAGGUCACAUGCCAAAUGCCAAGCCCUGAUGAUUUUUUAAAGGUCCAUAAUAGCAAUAUUACUUUGAUUAAAAAAGUAUUAUUUAAAAUUGUAUGCCAUAAUAAAUAAUGUGCCAAGAGAUUAAAAAUUUUUAUUUUAAAAAAGCUUUUCCUUAUGUACUCUGAUAGAUAACUUUUAAAAGUUUUCUACACCUUUGUAUGUACACAACUUGCCCUUGAUCUAAAUUUUUACCCUGACAUAUAUCCUACCAUCAGCAGAUUUUGAGCUAGUCAGCUUUUCCUAAAGUAUAACUACUACUCUUAUGUUUUUUCAAUUAAAUUUAUGAAGUAUCUUUAAGUGCAUAAACAAGCUUGUCGCAAUGGCUUAAUAUUUUCCACAUGAAUUUCUUUUCUGGUUAUCAUUGUUUUGCAAUUGUAAAAAAAUUUCUGUGAUAUUUUUUUGGCUUGUAGUAAAUGAAAUACACAAAGAGAAACCAUUUAACGCGCUGACCAAGCCUAUGAUUGUUAUGCAUAACAUUUCUACUCUGUUGAUUCUCAUCCUUGCCUUUGUUUUAUGUGACAGUGCGCUAAAGCACAUUAUCAUGGUGCAGCUGAUAAAAAUCUGAAUGUUUUUAAGCUACUAAGAGUAGGGAGUUUGCUGAGGUUUUAAACUUCAUUAUUGUUUAAAACGACUUAAACAACUAAAAUCUACAUUUACCUUUAAUUUUACACCAAUUUUAAUUAUCGAGUAAAUCUGUAGCCUAGAAAAUGCUUUUUGAAAAAAAUGUGUUUAUUAAUUAAAAAGCCAUCACUAAUUGUUUUUUUUUUAGAUGCUUAAAUCAAUGAUCAAAGGAUUACAGCAAUUUGAAGAUAUUUUUUCAAAAGGGGUUUUAUCUAUUUUUUCUAUUGAAUUCUAUUUGCUGUAUUUUGCUUUAUACAAAUUCUAAUUGUUUAACAAAUAAGUGAAAAACUUUUGUUAAAAAACAUGAAAUUCGAGUUUUCCUUAUAACAUACUGAAUGAACUUAAACUCUUUGGAAAAAAAAUAACUCUUAAAUUGUUUCCUAUCCACUGUCUACAUCAUUUGCUUUCAUUUAGUUAGAAAAUAUUGAAAAAUUGUUCCAUGAAGUCCAAAUUGUGUUUGUGUGCAAUAAUUCUGUGAUCGGCUGCAAAAGAAUGUAAACGAUAAUGUUGCCCAUUUAUAAUUUCAAAUGCUUUUUUUAGGUACAUUUUUUGUGAUAAGUUUAAAUGAUUAUUUGUAAUUUUAGAAUGGAAGAAAAAUUCAUUGUCUUUUCUAGUAUUAAAAUAUUUUCAUUUGUAUUUAUUCUCAUUUAAUUUCUUUGAAAUCCAGAUAAAUUUAAGCUCCUUUAAUUUAAAAAAAAAACCUUAUAUAUUCUAUCUUUAAUAAGGUUUUUCAUUGUGUUAAAUAUUAGAAAUAUCACCAAGUCUGUUUGCUGAAUAGUCCGUAUUACUUAUACUGUAAGCAAUAUUUAACUACUGCAUUGGUAUUUGGUUGUAUAAAAAUCUGUUAAAUUUCCUAGGCACAUUUGAAUAUCAACUGUUUAAUGAACAACAAAAAUAGCAAUAAAAUAUUUUUCAUGGUGGGCGUUGCAAAUGUAAUUUGUCUUGUGCAUAAUAUUUAGUUCUAAAAAAAAAAUAAAAAC